AUGGAGACUGCUAUGUGCGUUUGCUCGCCAUGUUGUACAUGGCAGAGAUGUUGUCCUCAGCUGUGCUCCUGUCUGUGCUGUAAGUUCAUCUUCACCUCGGAGAGGAACUGCACCUGCUUCCCCUGCCCGUACAAGGAUGAGCGGAACUGCCAGUUCUGCCACUGCACCUGCUCCGAUAACCCCAACUGCCACUGGUGCUGCUGCUCCUGGGCCAACGAUCCCAACUGCAAAUGCUGCUGCACGACCAGCAGCAAUCUCAAGUGCUACUACUAUGAGAGCCGCUGCUGUCGCAAUGCCACCAUCACCUUCCGCAAGGGCCGCCUCAAGAGCAUCCGCACCUCCUCCAAGACCGCCCUGCGCAUCGGGAGCAGCGACACCCAGGUGGAUGACCUGAAGUCGAUGCCAGCCAACAGCCACCUGGUGGACCAUCUCACCUGCCCCAUGUGCAACCGGCUGCGCCUGCACUCCUUCAUGCUGCCCUGCAACCACAGCCUGUGCGAGAAGUGCCUGCGGCAGCUGCAGAAGCACGCCGAGGUCACGGAGAACUUUUUCAUCCUCAUCUGUCCGGUGUGCAACCGCUCGCACUGCAUGCCCUACAGCAACAAGAUGCAACUGCCCGAGAACUACCUGCGCGGCCGCCUCACCAAGCGCUACAUGCAGCAGCACGGCUACCUCAAGUGGCGCUUCGACCGCUCCUCCGGGCCCAUCCUCUGCCAGGUCUGCCGCAAACGGCGCAUCGCCUACAAGCGCUGCAUCACCUGUCGCCUCAACCUGUGCAACGAAUGCCUCAAGGCCUUCCACUCGGACGUGGCCAUGCAGGACCACGUCUUCGUGGACACCAGCCCCGAGGACCAGGACGAGAAGGUGUGCAUCCACCACCCGUCCAGCCGCAUCAACGAGUACUGCCGCAACGACAACGAGCUGCUCUGCACCUUCUGCAAGGUCGCCUUCCACAGCGGCCAUGACACCGUCGGCCUCAUCGACGCCUGCUCCGAGAGGGCCGCCGCGCUCUUCAGCGCCAUCGCCAAGUUCAAAGCAGUCCGGUAUGAAAUCGAUAAUGACCUCAUGGAGUUCAACAUUCUAAAAAACAGUUUUAAAGCGGAUAAGGAGGCAAAGCGGAAGGAGAUCAGAAGCGGGUUUCUAAAGCUGCGCAGCAUUCUGCAGGAGAAAGAGAAGAGCAUCAUGGAGCAGAUCGAGAAUCUGGAAGUGUCCAGGCAGAAGGAGAUCGAGAAGUACGUCCAAGUCACCACUCUGAAGGUGAAUGAGAUGGAUGGCCUGAUAGCCUACUCCAAGGAGGCCCUGAAGGAGACGGGCCAAGUGGCCUUCUUACAGUCGGCCAAGAUCCUGGUGGACCAGAUCGAGGACGGCAUCCAGAGCACCUACCGGCCCGACCCGCACCUGCGGCUGCACUCCAUGCACUGCAUGCCCUUGGACUUCGCCGAGCUCUCCAGCGCCAUUCACGAGCUCUUCCCCACGGGACCCAAGAAGGUGUGUUCCUCCGGGGACUCGCUGCCCGCCCCCUACCCCAUGCACUCGGAGAUGAUGAUCGCCAGGAAGGUCACGUUCAGCACCCACAGCUUCGGCAACCAGCAGAUAUACCAGCGGAGUUCCUCCUUGCUGUCCUUCAGUGCCGCUGGUGAGAAGGCCAAGGGGGGUCUGGAGGCCUACGGGAGGACCCAGUCGGCUGCACCUGCCAAGCCCCCCGAUGGACUGUACACCUACUGGAGUGCCACAGCCGACAGCCAGCCUGCACAGAACUGCAACAGCUUCCACAACUGGUACUCGUUCAACGACACCUCUGUGAAAACCCCAGGCCCAAUUGUUAUCUACCAGACUCUGGUGUAUCCAAGAGCCGCUAAGGUGUACUGGACGUGCCCCACAGAAGACGUGGACUCUUUCGAGAUGGAAUUCUACGAACUCGUUACGACCCCGCCUAACAACGUGCGAACAGAGCUCUGUGGACAGAUUCGUGACAUAAUGCAGCAGAAUCUCGAACUGCACAACCUGACCCCCAACACUGAGUACCUGUUUAAAGUGAGAGCCAUCAAUGACAAUGGCCCCGGGCAGUGGAGCGACGUGUGCAAGGUGGUAACGCCAGAUGGGCGGGGGAAGAACCGAGCUAAGUGGGGCCUGCUGAAGAAUAUCCAGUCUGCUCUCCAGAAGCGCUUCUGA